GUCACCUCGGGGAAUCGCACCAAGCACUAUGUUUCUUAUCAGCGUAAUGAGUUUGUCCAGAUGAGGUUCCCCAAGUAUGCCCUACCAAAGGAUGUUCAAAUAGUGAGUACGGACGAAAACCAGGUGUUCCUCGCUCUCCAGGAGUGGUACCAGUCUGACACGUAUAACCUGUACCAGUCAGACCCCCAAGGUGUCUACUACUCCAUGAUCCUCGAGAACGUGCGGAGCACCAAGCAGCCAGAGGAGAAUGUUCUCGUUGAUAUCCUGGAGGUUCGUGGAGUCAAAGGAGUCUUCCUAGCCAAUCAGAAGACGGAUGGUAAAGUCACAACCCUCAUCACUUAUAACAAAGGGCGUGACUGGGAACCACUGGCUCCUCCUACCACAGACAUGAACGGGAAACCGGUCAGCUGCAAAGCACCGGACUGUCACCUUCACCUCCACUUGCGCUGGGCAGAUAACCCCUACGUGUCUGGCACGGUCCACACUAAAGACUCAGCUCCGGGUCUCAUCAUGGGUGCUGGUAACCUUGGCUCCAAACUUGUAGAGUAUAAGGAAGAGAUGUACAUCACUUCAGACUGUGGGAAGACAUGGAGACAGGUUUUUGAAGAGGAACAUCACAUCCUGUAUCUGGACCAUGGGGGGGUCAUUGUUGCCAUCAAGGACACUUCCAUUCCCCUCAAGAUCCUCAAGUUUAGCACCGACGAAGGACGUACUUGGAGCAUUCACAACUUCACCAGUACCUCAGUGUUUGUGGAUGGACUCCUGAGCGAACCGGGAGACGAAACUCUGGUCAUGACUGUGUUUGGCCACAUUAGCUACAGAUCAGACUGGGAGCUGGUCAAAGUGGAUUUCAGGCAGUCUUUCUCUCGUCAGUGCACCGAGUCCGAUUACGAGUCCUGGCAGCUCACAGACCUGAAGGGAGAAAAAUGCAUUAUGGGCAAGGAGCGGACUUUCAGGAAGAGAAAGGAGACGUCAUUCUGCAUCAAAGGCAAAAGCUACACCUCAGCUCUGAGAAGUAGACCAUGCCAGUGCUCCGACAAAGACUUCAACUGCGACUAUGGCUUUGAGCGGUUCCACGCAGAAGGAGAUCGCUGUUUCCCCGACUUUUGGUACGAUCCAGAUUUGCCGCAUGAGGACUGCCAUCUUGGACAAAGUUAUGAGUCCAGUACUGGCUACAGGAAGGUGAUUUCUAACACAUGUGAAGGAGGUCUGAACAAGCAGCAAAGUGCCAAGCAGCACAACUGCCCCCUGCUGCCCCCUAAAGGACUAAAGGUUGGCAUUAAAGGGCAGCUGCUGGCCGUGGCUCCUGGUGAUGAUGUCACAUUCAUCGUCCAUCAGAAGCAGGGCGACACCAGCAGCACCAAGUACCAGGUGGACUUGGGGGAUGGGUUUCGAGCCAUUUACCAGAACCUGACGGUGACCGAUGAGCCCAUUCAGCACCGCUACAGAAACCCGGGCAUUUAUAAGGUCACUGUGAAAGCCGAGAACGUUGCUGGACACGACGAGGCCACCAUGUACAUCCAGGUCACAGAACCUUUACAGGAAGUGCACCUGGAAGUGGUCCCAAUCACCAGGAAGAACCAUGAAAUCACUCUGACAGCUGUGGUCCUGCCCAUGGAGGCCAACCUGACCGUCUUCUAUUGGUGGAUAGGAAGCAAGCUGCAGCCCACCCUGACCCUCCAGAACAGCAUUGUGACUCGUUUCUCUGAAACUGGAGAAGUUCCAGUCACUGUCCAGGUUUCCAAUGGCCGAUCCAUGGUUCAGGACGUGAAGAUUGUUCGAGUCUACGAUCAUUUCCAGAUCAUUCCCCUGACCUUCAGCAGGAACCUGGACCGAUUUAACCCGGACAUCCCAGAGUGGAGGGAUGACGUUGGCCAAGUGGUCACCAGACUUCUGGCUAAGGCCACAGGUGUACCUCAGGACUCCCUAGUGACUGUGGUGAAACCAGGUCUUCCCACCUCUGCAGACCUCUAUGUUCUACCAACCCACAGCAAACCGAUCAAGAGGAGUAUAUUUAUGGACAAGCGUAUUCCAGCCAUCAUGCAGGCUUUCAGUGACAAAAACAUCAGCUUCAUGGUGCGAGGAGGUCAGCGAGUGUUGGUGAUGUUAGCAGAUCCAAACGCAGGCUACCAUGGAGCAGUUGGAGGUCCGGGUAUUUGGGCUCUAGCUGUUGUUUUCCUAAUCAGCAUCAUUGCAAUUGGCUCUUUCAUCCUAUAUAAGUUUAAAAGGAAGCUUCCAGGCAACCGCAACAUUUACGCCCAGAUGCACAACGAGAAGGAGCAGGAGAUGACCAGCCCUGUAAACCACAGCGAGGAUACUCAGCACAUCAUCCAAGGCGAGGAGUUCAUAGACGAUGACCUGGACUCACAGACUUUAGGCAACCACUCAGGUGUGGUCUUGAGCAUCACCUCCAGAGAAUUACACACUUACCUGACCAGCUGAUGGCUUCCGUGGCAACGCUGACGAGCUAGCCCGGCCGAGCCGAGCCAGCUAACAAGCACAGGGACUCUGCCUUCCUCCCACCCUCAAAUCCCACUGGAGACUUCCUGUCCACCCUUUGACCUCUUUAAUUUGCAUAAUUUUGGAUGUGAUUUGUUCAGAUCUGUGUUUGUGACGUAUACUUUUCCUCCUUUUCAUCUCAUCUCCAAACAUUUUUUUUUUUACGUUUGAGGUUUGGGUGGCUUGUCUGUGCUUUAAAAAAAAAUCUAAACAAGUCCAUUUUCUAUCUGUUACUGUUUGAAAUAGCCAUCACGUACUCACUCCACUGGCUUCCUGUAAGAGACAGUUGAACAAUCGAGGCUACUGCCAUCAGCUGGUGUCUGAGCUCUAAAUGAAAGCUGCAUUAUGUUAGUUUUUAAUCUUCCUCAUGAAGUUUUCUUCAUUUCUCCUCAAAAGUACCACUCCAUUUCUCUCCCUUUCAAGGCAAUAAUAAUCUCAAUGGAAUGUACAGUUUGAUAAACCCUUGUGGCUUUGCACAUGAAGGGCAUGCAAACACAAGAGGGCGGUGUUGCACUUUCUUACAUUUCCACUCACAUGUACUCCACUCUUUCUUGGGAUUACACACCCUGUUGUACUCACAGCUUUGUUAUUCUUCUAGAGUCGUUUUAAGAUUGUUAUUUCAAAUCCUUUGUCUGUCCCAUGGUGCCUAAAACUGCAAGUCUAGAUCUGCUUGGUGACAUCUGUUAACAUGUUUAGGUAUUUGUUCUUCUUUUUUUAAAUAUAAUUAUGGCCCUUUUUCCUUCUCCUCUUUAUGUUCUCUUGGUCAGUGCAGAAUCCGACCUCAAGAGAAAUGUUUUCCACCACUGAGAAGAAGGUAGUAGAUGUAUUCAGUAUCAGCCUAUAUUAGGCGUAGCCCACGGUGGAAUCACGUCUUCUUAAAGGGUUGGUUUGUUUUAUGUAAAUGUGUAAAUAUGAACAAACAACUCCACCUUGUAAAUAUUCUCAUCGACAUGUGUGUGUUUUACACUACUACCAAAAUAUCGCCUUUUUUUUCUUUCUUUCUUCCUGAAGUAAUUUGCCCGUGGAUUUGCUCGAACUGACACCAAAUCUUGCUCUUUCCAGUUUCAUCACAGCUUCUUGCUUGAUCUGUUUUCACUAUUUUUGUCUCAUGAGUGAGAUUUAUCUUCAAAAGUUUGAUUGUAUACUAGAAACGAGUUCACUGUCUAAAAAGGCACUCACAGUUACUGAAUAUGGUACUGAUUAUUAUAUACGGAUAUUUUUGAUACACAUCAAGUUUUUUUUCCGUUAAACACUGCUUAGUGUUUUUGUUUUCAGUUUUCUUUUGUGUUUGCACUAAUCAAGGAGUACAAUACAGGAGCUGAACUAUUACACAAACUAAAUCAAAAGGUCUUUGGGUUGAGGACCUUGGAGGUCACCAAAACCACCAUUAUCAUCAAGACCUGUCUUUGGUUAACCCCAUGUUCAACAGCAGGUGGAUUUGCUCACUCUGGUUUAAAUAAUCUUUUGUACAUAUUCUGCUCACGUUCGUCUUGAUCCUGCUUUUUUAGUGAGGUAUGGUCUUUGUAUCAAUGUCCCUUCAACAAAAGGGAAAAUGAGGGGUGAUAGUUUUCCACUUGUGCCGGUCAAGGACCUUCACCAAUGAUGACACAGACGUUGUGAUUUGUGCCACACUGCUUUCCUUUUUUAUCUGUUUGUUUUGAUUAAACUGAUGUGCGUUCUCUUCAGGAAGCAUAGCACACUGAACCUGCAUCUUGAAAUAAAUCACUCCCAUGACUUGUA